CCUCAAAAUCUAUCCAAACACACACACAUACUAAUAAAAACACACACAGACACAGAAACAGUCAUUUUAAUCCCUAUAAUUCCUGACCUUGAUUCUAUCCAAGAUUUUGUUGCAUCAAAACACCAACAUUUUACAGCCAAUUUUCUUGGAAUCUAGUGUCUAAACAAAAGGUCUAAGUUCAUGGAAUCUCCUCAAUCUGUUGUAUCACCAUUUAAGACGUCAUCAUUCCAUCCUGAGCCCGAAAAGCAUAAUCUUGCUGAUUUCAGAAAAAGCCAAAGUUGUGUAUCAAAGAAAACCGAUCCAUCCCUUGGUGUUCUUGAGGUUUACGUUCACCAAGCUAGAGAUAUUCAAAACAUAUGCAUUUACCACAAACAAGAUGUUUAUGCCAAAAUUUCUCUCACUAGCAACCCUGAAAAGUCCGUCACAACACAGACAAUAAACGGUGGUGGACAAAAUCCUGUCUUCAAUGAAAACCUUUAUAUCAAUGUACCCACAGUUGAUGGUUCACUAAAAUGUGAAAUAUUUAUGUUGAGCCGGGUUAGAAAUUAUCUUCAAGAUCAAUUGCUUGGAUUUGCAUUGAUCCCAAUUUCUGAUAUUAUUAUCAAGAAAGAGGAACGCGAAAAGGAAUUCACAUUGUCUUCAAGUGAUGUUUUCCACUCACCUUCCGGGUUUGUUCAGCUUUCGCUGUCAUACAAUGGAGUGUCACCGGAUGUGAUUGUUGUUUCACCUCCAGUGCAGCCAUCUGAGUCCGACAUGCCUGACCAAUCAGAGUUCAGUAAACUGGAGUUCCCAGAUCCCAAAACGGCGAAUGAAAAUGAGAGGAUGGUGUCGGAAUAUUUUGGGAUGAGCUCAGAAAGUUUAGUCUCGUCUGAUACAGAUGAUCAGGCGAGCUCAGAAAAUGGUGCACCCUUUGGGUUGGACCAUGCUAAGCCUGACUCACCCCCGGCUAGUGUGUCAACAAAUGGAUCCCAAUGUGCUUCGGGUUCAGUUGCAAGCACUGAAUCUUUUGAUUCCGAUAAAAACUUGAAAACCAAUGGAUCUCAAUGUGCUUCGGGACCUGCUGCAAGUGCUGAAUCUUCUUAUUCCGAUAAAAACUUGAAAUCUGGAAAUCAAGAAUCUGUGUCACCCCCAAAAGAUAAACCGGUUGAAGGUGGUUCGGUUGGUGAUUCAGUAGACCAGUUGAAAGUGAACAUUGAGCACGAUCAAAAAGUGGUUCAGCAAGAUUUUGUGGAUCUAUACAUGAAGAGUAUGCAGCAGUUUACCGAGUCGUUGGCCAAGAUGAAGUUGCCAUUGGAGAUGGAAAAUGAGAAGCAGACGAGUUCAGGGAACUCUAGCUCGGGUCAGAACACGCAAACACCAGAAGGGACCCGGCCACGUGUGUUUUACGGGAGUAGAGCGUUCUUUUGAAGCUGUUAUAAGUAUGGACAUCAGAGAUUUAGAUUCGAAAGGAUGAUCAAUAGUCACUAAUCUUGUCGUAUGUAUGGAACACUGUGUUUCAUGCUUUGUGUGUUUUUGUUAUUUGUUCUGCCACUUUUGGUAUUAAUCUUGUGUUAUUGAGUAGUUUCUGAUUUCAAAAA